AUGGCCGGCAAGAGCAUCGAGGCUGCUUCCUCUCCGUUCAGGACGCCGGUCGGGCGUCGGGCCGGAACAAGGUAUCGUUCUUUCUGUGCCGCGCGCCGUCCGUUCUUGGCGCGAGAGGGCUACGCCGCCGUCGCAGUUGGCCGUGUUGACGGAGACAACGAGGGCGCCGCCAAGUCCAUGCGCCGCCUCGGCCCCAGUAGCUUGGAGUCUAAAGGGACCGUGCCGUUCCAUGGUGCAGACCCUGCGCCGUCGUCCUUGGCCGCGCGGGGCUGCAGAUCGCGCCGACGGCCAGAGGCGACCACCCGUGCGGCUGCGUUCAAAGGCGCUGUGCACAGGGAGAUGGCCAGCCUCCCAGAGAGGAAGACACCGAUCAGAAUCGACAUGAUUUUCUUACCACGGUGUAAUCUUGAGCACGCAAAGGCGCUGUGCACAGGAGAUGGCUGGCCUCCCGGAGAGGAUGACACUGAUUCUUAAUAUGGAACCAAUAGAUGAUGGAUGGCCAUUUUUUGCAACAUCUGACUGAGGAAUAAUGGUA